AUGCCACGAAUACCUCUCCUCGGGCGUUUGAAAUCCCAGGAAUAUGUAGCGCUGGUCCUCGGCUUUCUGUUCAUCGCCUUCGAGGUCGUGAUUCGCCUAAUUACCCUCUCUUUGCCUAAACCAAUAAUCAACUGGUUCUACGAGCGGUCGAGGUCGCUAUUCCAUAAAUUGAGCGGUGGCCGCAAGCCCCAGUCGGCGGAAAAGAAGACCGCGGAUCGUAUACUCAAAGCGAGGGACUUCAGCGACCUCUGCGAAAUUUUCGGGUACGAGCACGAGGAGCACGUCGUCCUCACCAAGGACGGAUACCUUCUUGGUUUGCAUCGCUUGCCGUCGACACAUGGCGAGCACAACACCAAUCCUGGGACCAGCACGGGCAAGCCAGUGGUAUACUUACAUCACGGCCUGCUCAUGAAUUCGGAAGUGUGGGUUUGUCUCACCGAAGCGGAGAGAUCGCUUCCCUUUGUUUUGGUCGAGCAGGGGUACGAUGUAUGGUUGGGGAACAAUAGAGGUAACAAGUACUCGAAGAAGUCCAUCCACCAUGCCCCAGAUGAGGCUAAAUUCUGGAACUUUUCCAUCGACGAUUUUGCAUGGCACGAUAUUCCAGACUCGAUCAAUUAUAUCCUCCACGUCACGAAAGCCUCGAAAUUGAGUUACGUUGGUUUUAGUCAAGGCACCGCUCAAGCCUUUGCUGCUCUCAGCAUCCAUCCCCAGUUAAACGAGAAGAUCAACGUCUUCAUUGCCCUCGCGCCAGCGAUGUCCCCUGCGGGGCUUGCUGCUCCCAUUGUGGAUAGCUUGAUGAAAGCAUCCCCCACCCUUAUCUUCCUUUUCUUUGGACGUAAAGCCAUCAUGUCGUCGGCAGGGAUGUGGCAAUCCAUCCUCUAUCCACCGAUAUUCGCAUCCGUUAUUGACAGGUCUCUGGGUUGGCUAUUCGACUGGCGCAGCUUGAACAUCUCGAACUCACAGAAGAUCGCCGCGUACGCCCAUCUCUACAGUUUCGCUUCGGUCAAAUCGGUCGUUCACUGGUUCCAAAUCAUGCGGAACGGCGCGUUCCAAAUGUACGACGACGAUGUAGCCGCUAUAACUCGUACCUCGGUCAGCUCUUACCGCCCAGCAAGAUUCCCGACGAAGAAUAUCGUCACCCCGAUCGUUCUUCUAUAUGGAGACUCCGACAGCCUUGUGGACAUUGAUGUCAUGACGAAGCAGCUACCCAAGCAUACCGUAGCACGGAGACUAGCUGGAUAUGAACACCUCGAUAUAUUGUGGGGCAAGUCCGUCCACAUCGAUGUGAUUCCGGAGGUGCUCAAUUCUUUGCGAAAGCAUUGCGGUGUCAAGCUCGUCAAUGGUAUCCAUGCCGAUGUGAGCUCGGAGUGA